GGUCCUCAUCCCAGCCUCCAUUAAUGGCAUCAAAGGCCUUAGCUUCUAAUUGGUCCUUUGACUCCAGGAGAGAAAGGUGAAAGAAGAGGUUUGUAGUGUUCAGCGACUGUGCCCGAGGUUAUCCGUUCGAGCCUCUAGUCAAGGCAGGCCGAUAGUUCUCAAUUCUGAGCAGGAUUGCUUGUCAGCAUAUAAAGCCACCACAGCGAACCCUCGACAAGGCUUUCUUUCUCUUGAAAUUCUUGAGAGGAUUGUUUUCUUGCAGAACAGUUAAUUAACAAUAACGAUCGUGCCGGCACAAUGAAUUGGCAGCAUCCUCCCAAGCGGGAGUUGCUUGGUGGUGACCUCGUUGCCCAAUCAUUGAAGCAACUAGGCGCUGAAGUGUGUUUUGGGCUGCAUGGGGGACAUCUGGAUGCCUUUUUGGUCGGUUGUGAGCUGGCGAACAUUAAAAUUGUCGACACCAGACACGAGACCACUGCUGUUCAGGCAGCCGAGGCCUAUGCUAAACUCUCUGGAAAAGUUGGCUUCUGCUUUGUCACAGCCAACAGCGGCUUCAGCAACGCUCUUCCGGGGCUGGCAACGGCCUUUGCCGACCGCUCACCCAUAUUUGUGAUUACGUCGUCACCACCCCUUCGCGAUGCCGAAACGAAUUGCCUUCAAGGCUUUCAUGAUCAGGUCGUCCUUGCAAGACCUCUCACAAAAUUCGUCCACCGGGUCACGAAUGUCGAAGAAAUACCACGGAUCAUCAGCCAUGCAUAUCGCACCGCCAUUGGAGGUGUUCCAGGCCCAGUUGUCAUUGACUUUCCAAUCGAUGUCCUCUUCCACCCUCCUCGGAUGAACGCGCUUUCUUACGGAUCUCUCACCUGCAGUCCGGCCAUUUCACCCUAUCCGGAUCCAUCCGCUCUGGACGAGCUUCUUGAUAUCUGGCAGUCGGCUUCCCGGCCCGUUAUCAUCGUCGGCACUGGUGCUGCACGCACAACGAGCAGAGAGUCCAAAACCAGCUUGCUUCUCGACCUUGCUGAGAAAACUAGCACCCCCAUCUUCUACUCUCAGAAAUAUAUCCCGGCUCUUCCAUUUGAUUCUCCAUUCCGGGGCGGCUAUGCCGGGCAACUUGCCCUCCUUCCAUCGAUCCAGAAGAAUCAACCAGAUCUCGUGAUCCUAUUGGGUGCUCGUACAGGCUUUCUACUAGGUGGCAGGUCAGGUGCCAUUAUCCCUAGCUCGGGAUGUACUGUUGCCCAGGUUGACAUCGAUGCAACCGAAAUCGGCAAGUCCACUGCCAUUGACCUGGGCAUCGUGUCAGAUGCCAACAAAUUUAUUGUCGCCUUGCUGGAUAAACUCCGUGUCAACAACCCCAUCAAACCUCAAAAUGGCUGGCUUCAAGACAUUCAAGCCCUCAAGAAUCAAAAAUCGAUAUACGCUGAUGACGAGGUUCGGUUGCCAGGAGGGAGGCUACACCCAUUUUUCACCAUGAAAGCCAUUUACGAGGCCCUUCCUGAGGGCAGUAUUGUGAUUAUUGAUGGUGGUGAGAUUGGAGUCUGGGCAGCUGAAUUACUCGAGCAUGCUCGUCCGGGUGGGGGAAUGGUUUCCACGGGCUACCUAGGGUUCUUGGGAAACGGUUGGGGUUACAGUAUCGGCGCAGCACUGGCCGCACCGGACCGGUUGAUUGUCAACAUCCACGGCGAUGGCUCGGCGGGCUUUCACAUUCAAGAACUUGACACAUUUGCCCGCCACGGACUCAACGUCCUAACUGUAAUCAUGAACAACUACUACUGGGGCAUGAGCGUGGCUGGGCAAGAUUUGAUUUACGGAGACGAAGAUCCGGCACGAGUGGCGAGCACUCUGUCGCAUAAUUGCCGGUUCGACAUUGUUGCGCAAGGCUUUGGAUGCAAGGGUACUAUUACACAGACCAGCAUCGAGGAAGUCCAAAGUGCAGUGAAACAACUCACUGCCACGAAAGGACCUGGUUUGUUGAAUGCCAUCAUCUCAAGGAAUCCAAUUACACUGGCCACUCAGGGGAUGGUUGGAAAGACUACAGAUAAAGAUUGGAUUGUGGUUCCAUAUUACGACAAUGUCCCGAGACCAUACUAUAAAGAGAAUACUGUGGUCUGAGAGAAUAAAUACCAAUAUCUUGAAGUUCUAGCUACCAAAAGGCUUGAUUUGAUUGCACGAGACGGGAAGGGUGGCCAUCGCAGCAGCCACCUCUUCGGUAUGGAGACCAAGCUUCGUCAUUCUUAUCUACAUAAAAAAACAAGGAACUUACCCCUUUA